AUGCCCCCUUGGGGAAGACCACCACGAGGGGGACGACAGGGGAAGAACGACAGGUUGUGGGAGUCGCAACAACGACAGUGGGAGUAUGAUGCUCGUGUGGAAGAGCUGGAUGCAGAUGAUGACUAUUCACACGGUGUUGGGCUGGAUCAACAAAGAUUUACUUCUGAUGAACUUCACUUUACUGGCAUAGAUUUGGGCGGUAACGGUGCGCGCCGGCGGCGUUCAGGUGCUGCACUCGACGACGAUUUUACCCCUUCCGAGGACGAAGACGAAUAUGAUUAUCCUACGGGCCUUACGAGACGAUCGGACUUGCAAAUGGUUUACAGGGACAAGGAAGACAUGCUUGUGCGGACUGCUCUUGAGAGAAUCGCGCGUGCUCGGGCUCUGGGUAAGCCCAAUGUGAAGUUGACCCGAGCAGAAAUUGAUGCCUUGGAACGUUUAGAGCGGACCCAAACCCCUCCACGUCCCUCGGCAGCUCCAAAAGCGGCCCCUAAGAGCAAGAAAGAGGCACAAGUCAGACGCAAGCCAGUUGAGGCCCGCAAGAAGCCAAGCAAGCCUGACAAGUCAGCGAGCAAUUCGCCAAAGGGCAAGAUGGUGGACGGACGAAGCCGAGGGAGGAGUGUAGCAUCAAACAGCUCCGCUCGUGACGGUCGGGACGAUCUUGUCACCUCUUAUGCCUUACCAGCGUCAGAGUCUGACUAUGCUCGUCGAGUGUCUUAUUCUCAAGGCUUCCAUGUCGCCGGUCCACGCCAGGCCGAGCCCCUUCGUCAAGGCUCUCGCACAAACUCGAGUCAGUCGCUGAGGCAGCAACAACAUUUCCAGCAGGUGGCUCCAUAUUACCCCAGCCGUUAUGCUUCGAAUCCAGAGGCAGUGUACGCUGCCGGCUCCUCUCGUGCUCCCCGGCCUGACCCAUCCGAACCUGACUGGGAGCCGAGGGCACGAUCAACCUCGAGUCUUGUCAAUGUUGCCCUCGAUCAGCUCCCAUACCAAACCAAUACUGGCAGGGCACCCCGCUUUGAUCCUAAUGAUCCGAGAUUUGCUUCGCCACAACGACGAGUCGCCUCUGGUCCACCGGCCUUGUCUCAAAAUCAGGCUCCCAGGUAUCGUCGUCCACAAGACGAGCUUUUUCUUCCGGGCGAGGAACCUGAGGUCAUGAGGUAUCUGGCACCGCCUUCAGACUCUGAAGAAGAGGAGGACGACGACGACGAUGACGACAGUGACUAUGAUGAGGGGGUUCGGGUCAAUGUCAAUGAAACACCAGACGGAGGCUACAGUAUUCAAACGAGGAGCGCUGCAUCAUCGGCUCGGAAGACGGCAACUCAUGGGAAGAGCACGGCUGGAAAAACAAGAAAAGGGCGAUAG